AUGGCUCUCGCAACCAAAGACCGAUAUUGCGCCCUCCCCUCAACGAACCACGAUGCCGACUGGAACGAUGCUGGCGGGAAAUGCGUAUGCGAUUGCCACAAGGAAACACAGGUUCUGAUAACACGUAUAAUUGUCUGCAUUAUACUGUUCUGUGCCCUCGCUGUCAGCGCCCUCGGCCUCGGUUUGCAUUCCUAUCAGAAAUACUCGAAGCCUGCGGUUCCGUUUGGGGCCGACCAAUGGGGCUUCAUCCCCCCGAAUGUAGGCGAGCCGGCUUCGUGGCGGACAUUCUACAACGACUCGCGGGACCCUUAUUGGAUUGACGAAGACACGUUCGAAGACCUAAAUGCGGUCCGGCGCGUCGCCCGUCGUCUCAAGUGGCUGCAAAACUCGACGAAUAUCCGCGCGCUCGACGGAACAGCCAGAUACCGCGACUUGGACGGCAAGGAGGCUACGCUACCUUCCUACCAUGGCCCUGCUGGGACCCAAUUGUAUGGCGUACGGUCUUUUCAUCAGAUACACUGCAUCAUGGUCAUGGUUGAGGACUACGGCCUCCGCCUCCAUGGCGAGCCGUCACAGUGGACACCAGGUCAUGUUAUGCACUGCAUAAACACCCUGCGGCAGCUGGUCCAGUGCAUGGCGGACGCCGCCCCCAUCACUCUCAUCACGGGGACGGAAAGACACCUCGGCGACGGCCAGCAGAUGUGGUGCCGUAACUUUGACGACCUCCGGCGCUGGGCCGACACCCCUGAGCGUGGCGUCCGCUACGCCAUCGUGGUGCCGCCGGGGAGCCCGCCGGGAACCGUGGAACGGUACAAAGAGAUCUGGCCUUACCCUGGGGUGUCGGAGCCGCCGGCGGACUUGUGGUGA